AAUGAAGGAAAAAAAAGUAAUAAGAGCUUUGGAGGACUUGAUUUGUAGUCUUUAGAGCUUCGGAGGUCAAUUCGACAAAACUCAUGUAUGAGACAGAUUUGAAACCCAGAUGGCCGUUUUGCAAUAAGUUCCGGAAGUGGAGGUUUAACUAAAUUGUUGAAAGUUGAAACUUCCAAAUUGAUUCGGCUCACAAAUCUUCUUCCUUCCUUCGCCGGUGAAACCCAAAGUUACAGCAGAAGUGGAGGUUUAACUAAUUGUUGAAAUUUCCAAAUUGAAAUCGGCUUAUAAAUCUUCUUCCUUUCUUCGCCGGAGAAACAGAAACCGCCGCGAUCACCACCGCCCCCACCGCCGAAUAUUUGUUAGCUACGGAGGUUGUGCAUCUUUUAUUUAAAGGUAAAAAGUCUUUUCCGAGGAUCUUUAGCAAUGGAGGAUGAAUAUUUCUGCACCACAUGCCCAUUUAAACCUAAAACUAAUUUGUUUUUUACUUCUUUUUUCCUUUUUUUUUUUUUUUUGCAGUUCUGGGUGUGCCCGGGCUUCUCCGGGCACAUAAACUAGAUUCGCCCUUGGAGAGAUACAAACAGAGAAGACUAUUGUAAACCUGUUGAAGGCAUUGAAAGAAUCCUUAAAUCUACCAAGCAAACAUUUAGGAGUUGACAACGUCAGACUUGUUGAAAGAUAGGCUCGUGCAAAUAAUUUCUAAUGAGGUCUCCGAACAAAGAUGAUGAGAUUGAUCUGGAGAAUUUGAUCUUGGAAAAAGAAAGAGAGAAGGUUGUGCGAAUUCACAAAGCAGUUGCAGUUUCCAACAAGGCAUUACUUUCUGGCCUUGCAUAUUGUAUUUCUUCAUGUAGCAUGAUACUGGUUAACAAAUAUGUACUCUCUGGCUAUGGUUUCAAUGCGGGCAUUUCUUUGAUGGUGUAUCAGGUGGGAUUAGACUCAAUUCCAACUUGUUUGUGUUUCCCUACCUAUAAACUUAUUUUAUGAUUUACUGAGACCUAAUUAGUUGGCAUAUCAAUGCAGAAUCUUGUUUCAGUGGUGGUGGUUUGUAUUUUGACGCUUUCUGGAGUAAUAUCAACUGAACCACUCACAUGGAGAUUGAUUAAGGUGUGGUUGCCUGUCAAUGUUAUCUUUGUUGGGAUGCUAAUUACAAGUAUGUUUAGUUUGAAGUACAUUAAUGUUGCAAUGGUCACUGUCCUGAAGAAUGUUACUAAUGUCAUGACUGCUGCUGGUGAAAUGUAUCUCUUCAAUAAGCACCAUGACAAAAAAGUCUGGGCUGCUCUUUUCUUAAUGAUUAUUUCAGCAAUCUCUGGAGGGAUAACUGACCUCUCCUUUAAUGCUAUUGGUUACACAUGGCAGAUUAUCAAUUGUUUCUUGACUGCAUCGUAUUCUUUGACCCUGAGGAGGGUUAUGGACACAGCUAAGCAAGUUACUAAAUCAGGAGAUUUGAAUGAAUUUUCUAUGGUUUUGCUAAACAACACCCUUUCUGUACCAUUGGGGAUUCUUCUUAUGUUCGUAUUCAAUGAGGUGGACUAUCUAUCUAAAACGCCACUUCUAAGACUGCCGAUAUUCUGGCUGGUAAUUACUUUAAGUGGAUUUUUGGGUUUAGCUAUCAGCUUUACAUCCAUGUGGUUUCUUCAUCAAACAGGUGCUACAACAUACAGCCUUGUGGGUUCGCUAAAUAAGAUUCCUCUUUCCAUUGCUGGUAUUCUGCUUUUCCAUGUUCCAACUAGUGUGGAGAAUUCAGCAAGUAUAUUGUUUGGCUUGCUUGCGGGAGUGUUUUUUGCCAGAGCUAAAAUGCGUUGAUUCCCAGGGAUGCCAAACAUCUUGCUGUUGCCAUUCAUUCGGAGAUCAUGUCACAGGCAGAUGUAGAACCUAUGCUGGAAAAAAUCUUGCUGUUCCGAUAAAAAAUUGCCAGCUUUCAAGAAACAGGAUUAUAUAGUUAAUUGAUGAUAGUUUUAACAUUUCGAACAUUUUUGUUUGAAUUUGAAGGGUUAGGGAUAGGAAUUAGGCUAAUGUUAUAUCGUGCAUCUUGGAGUAAAACAUUUUGCACGCUUGUGUGUUGAGGUUCGAGUGUGCGGGUAAAUUCACACGGACAGCCACACGGCUCUAUGAAAUUGGCGCUAAUGUAUGUGUAAAUUCACCUGUAAAUGUGGCGGUCCUGCGUGUAAAUUCAAAAUCCUGUAGCUAGAGAAACGUUGCGGCAUGUUGUAUUGCUUUUGAGUUUUAUGUCCAUGUCUUUACACUUGGAAAAGAACCAUAAUUCCAACAGUUAGGUUAUUUCAUGUCCCCAACCCAAUACUUGCAUUUUCACAGUCCGUACAACAAUGUUCAUCCUAAUUAAAUUGCUAUUUGUCACAAAUGUAUCUCAAAAUAUUGUUGAGAAGGAUUUUUUUUCGAAAGGG